CCUUUCCUCACACCUGUCUCCCCUCACACGUGUCCCUUUCAGGCUUCCUAUUAAACCAACACUCCCUCCCUUUCUUCAUUAUUAAUUCGCUCCCUACAAUUUUACUUUGCCAUAACGGUGAGUUUAGAGAGGGAAUAAUGGAUGGAAGAGGAGGCUGUUGCAUCGCCAGGUAUGUACCCGGUGCAUCCCACGGGUCCACCGUCGACAAAAUAAUGCUUAGGUUUCGUCCAAUCGCUCCCAAACCCGCCGCCGCGGCCACCGCUUCCGACGGCUCUUCGUCCGAGAGCAGUGACGCUUUUCUCAAAAACGGAACCACUAAAAGAAAGUACGUAAGAGAUAACAACUACACCAGCAAACGAAGAAUCCGCCGGAGAAAGAACACUUCCUCGCCGGAGAAAAAGCAGAAGCCGGUGGUGACUCUUCCGUUGCUUCCGGAAACUCCCGAUCGGAAGGAUUCUCCGGCAAAGGAUCUAACUCCAUCACCAGCUAAACCAGUACGAAACAACAACAACAACAACAACAAGAGCAAGAACUUGAAUAUUAUUAACAAGAACGUGCCGGUGUGGGUGAGUUUUGAGAAUCGAAGCCUUACGAUGAUGGGAGGGUGGUGUUCGUGUGUGACGGUGGAGGGCGUGACGGACACGUGCUUGGAGAGCGAGUGGCUGGGGAGUACAGACGAGGAACGGAGACUGAACCUCAGCAAUGACACGUGUCCAGGGUUCAUAUCAGACGGUUACGGGAGGGUGACGUGGACGAACGAGGCGUACGGGAAGAUGAUGAUGAUGAAGGGCGAGGGUGAUGAGGGACAGGGACCAGUGUUGCUGGUGAAUAAGGUGAAUACGGUGGUUCCGCACGCGUCGUUCACGUGCUUGGUGAGGGUGGUGCAAUACUCGUGUGGGAGGGAGAGAAACUCGCUCACGGUGCCCUGCGAUGUGUGGAGAAUGGACUGUGGUGGGUUUGCAUGGAGAUUAGACGUUAAAACUGCGCUUAGCUUGAGAUUGGGUUAUUAGUUCACAAAGGUAUCACGAACUCGAAAUACAAAACGGCGUCGCUCCAUGGUCGUAGAACUAUAACACUAUUUCUUCUCUUUUAAGAGCUUAGAAUCGUGAAUAUAUAUAUCUAUAUAUCUAUAUAUAUAUAUAUAUAACUACUGACGCUAAGCUAGCUUGUUUCACUGUAAAUUCAUAUAUGCAUGUAGCUUGUCUUUUGUUCUCUUAGAUGGUUUUUUCUGAUUUGAGUUUGAGCUUGGAACAGUAGCUGUGAGCUAAUUAUGAAUAACUCGCUACGUACCGUUAUGGUUAUGUAACACUUCUUCUGGUUAGUGAAACUUUUGUUACGUCACA